UCUGGCUGUUGUCAUGUAAAAGGCCUCGUAAUAUGUCUGAGGUAUUUGACGGAAAGCAUUGGGUGGAGGAUCUUUUUCCUCCAGCAUACGGUAUUGACGAUGUAAUUAUAAGCGAUAGAGAACAAGGUCAACUGUCUUCUACUGUCUUCUCUGAAUGGCUGCGAGACUGGCUGCCCUUUCCUCGUGCACGCCGCGUAGUAAAACGCAAUGCAGAGGAGCAGACAAAUCAACAGGAGACUGAUAGAGUAAACAACGCAGAGCAGCAAGACAAGACAAGUCUGCCCACUAGGCUACACACGUCACGUGACGAUGUCACUGCUCACAUAGAAAGAUCUGAAGAUGAGAGAAUGGUAGAUACACAGUCAGCUGCUGUAGAUUCUUCUUCGGAAGGAAGCGUGAAGGAAAGUGUGUGGACGUGGAAUGAGCUGUGUGCAUUGCGAGAACAUUAUGAUAAUAUUCAGAGCGAAAAAAUAAAUUUGGAACUUCGUGUUAGUGAUAUGCAACAGCAAUUAGAUAUGUCCACAAGAAAGUUGUCUGAAUUGUUUCAUGUAGCCGAAAGACAGUUUACUCUGAUUCAGAAAAUGAGACGAGAAAUUGAGCAACUAAGAAUAAAAAUUACACAACAGAAUGAAGAGAAGAGGAAAGCGAAAGAAAAGAGUGACGAACUUGAUUGUGAUAGAGAGAGGCUUGCAGCAGCUCUUCAAAGAGCAGAAACCAAGUCGGAGACACUGGAAUUGAUUGUUGCAGAUAAAGAGCAGCAGAUUUUUGACUUGAAUGUGACAUUACACAAUCAGAAAAGCAAAGAGAUCCUCACUGCAAAGACAGCUGUGAUGUCACUGGAAGAGAAAUACGCGGAGAAGGUAAAGAGUUUAACUACUGAACUAGCAGAAGGGAGAGUUGAGCUUGAGAGAUGUCGUGAAGCACAUAAAAGAGAUAAGACAGCCCUAGAUCAAUUGAGGAAGCAUUUUGCUGAUCAGUCAUUGUCGAGACAUACAUAUCAAGCAGACUGCAUGUCUUUUGUAUAUAUUAAUUAAUUGAAUGAUGAUAUCUAAAUGGGUCUGCUUUGCUUCUACAAAGUCAGAUCCAGAACAGCAACUCAAUUAUUUAGAACAUAUAUUAUAAUCAUAGAGCAUCCAGGUAUAUGUAAAAUAU